CUCUCUCUCUCUUUCUUUUAUUCUCUCUCUAAAUCUCUCUCUCCUCCGUCUCUUUCUCUCUCUUCGCCGUAUCACUCAGCUCCAACUCCACUCUCCCUCCAAACCCUAGAAACACCGUUCCACUUCCCUUCAAAUCGGAACCAAUUUCAGAGCACAGGACACUCAAUAAUAUUAAUACGCACCUCCCAGCUUCCGCAAUUUUCCGUCAUGGCGGCCACGGCCACCGUAACCACAAGCCAGGUCUAUAUCGACGUAAUUGAGGACGUCAUCGUCAAGGUUCGCGACGAGUUCAUCAACAACGCUGGUCCCGGCGAGGAAGUUCUCAAGGAGCUCCAAGCUUUGUGGGAAUCAAAGAUGAUACAAGCUGGUGUUCUUGUUGCUCCCAUAGAAAGGUCCAGUGGAACUAAGACAAACCCCGGUGCAGUUCACGAUCUUAAUGUGCCGUAUGAGGGGAAUGAAGAGUAUGAGACUCCUACUGCUGAAAUGCUUUUUCCACCUACGCCUCUGCAAACACCAAUGCAAACCCCUUUACCAGGAACCGUGGAUAACUCUAUGUAUAACAUCCCAACUGGAUCGAGCGACUACACUUCUUCUGGAAAUGAUGCUGAUGUAAAAGGAGGACAACCUAGUCCAUACGUGCAACAACUGCCUCCCUCUCCCUGGAUGAACCAGAGGCCCUCACUUGAUGUUAAUGUUGCUUACGAUGAUGGACGGGAUGAAGCUGGUAGAGGAACUUCUAAUCAACCUCUUACACAGGAAUUCUUCAAAGCGCCUAUGGGAAAACGAAAACGCGAUGAUUUGGCUUCACAAUAUAACAAUGCUGAUGGAUAUAUACCUCAGCAGGAUGGGGCUGGAGAUUCUGCAUCUGGAUCUUUUGAAGUCGAGGUAUGUGGAGGCAGAAUCUCCAUUAAUGCACAUCAUACAACUUCUAAAGAGAAAAUACCAGCUGACUUAGGGAGGCCAACUUCUAGGAUUCCGCAACUUGAUGGACCAAUUCCUUUUGAUGAUGAUAUGCUUUCUACUCCUAAUAUAUACAAUUAUGAAGGAGUGUUGAGUGAAGACUACAACAUUGCAAAUACACCGGCUCCUCCUGAGAUACCAGCAAGCACCCCUGCUCUUGUAGCUCAAAACGAGGCAGCAAAUGACAAUGAAGAUGACGAUGAUGAUGAUGAGCCAUUAAAUGAGAAUGACGACGAUGAUGAUUUUGAUGAUCUGGAUCAAGGAGAAGAUCAAGAUACACAUCAUCUUGUUUUGGCUCAGUUUGACAAGGUGACACGUACCAAGAGCAGGUGGAAAUGCACAUUGAAGGAUGGCAUCAUGCACAUAAAUAAUAAAGACAUUCUCUUCAAUAAGGCGACAGGGGAAUUUGAUUUCUGAUUAUGUUGGGUGAGUGUUUCGGGAGGCAUGCACCAUUAGUCUCAUUGAGUGUUUUGUAAUCUUUCUCUGAUUUUAAUUAUAAAAUGGAAGCUUGAGGAGGAGAGAAUUCCUUUAUACUUUGGAGACUAUUGUUUUGAUGUUGGCCUGUUUAAUAUUGUACAUAAAGGAUGAGCAAUUUUCGGCCUUACUUAUGGUUAGGUACGUAGAUCUUUAGCACUGUAUAAUUAUAACUGGACAAUUCAAAAAUUGAUUUGUAUGAUAAUCAUGGAAUUA